AUCAUCAGCUACAACAAGCCUGCCUAUCAGAGGACUUGGAGUUAAGCCGUUUGUGGAGAAAACCAAUGGAAAUAAAACCGUUCUUCUGAGGCUUCAGGAGUGAACUUUACAACAUUUACAUAGCGUCAAAAUUCAUCAGGAAGGUGGUAAAUAAAAGAAUUCAGCAAGAUGAGGCGCGCUUCGCUCCAUGGACUUCUCUUGCUAUGUGCCUAUUUCUACUUUGUGAAUGCUGGAAAUGUUACUAAAAGAUCUUCAUCUCACAACUUACAGCUUGGGAAGUCCAGCCAUGAAGACAAAGUUGUGGAAAUGGUGGCAAUGAGAAUGACAGUCUCUCCAACUUGGUACCUCAGUGAGGGUGACACUGCAGAGAUCACCUGCACCACGAUUGAUGACAAAGGAAAUCACAGCCACAGGAUUGAUCUGCAAUUGGUCUGGACCAAGAUCGGCCCUGGAAAUAAGACAACAACGGUCCUUGUGAAACAGAAAGCAUCUACAGGGAUCUCCUACAUCCUAGGCCCUGUUACCCAUGAGCACCAGGGAGUUUACACCUGUGACGACGACGGCAGCGUACCUGAUGUUUUUGUCAAUGACUGGCACCGUAUAAUCUGGGUGGCUGAUUCCUCUCCCAGAGCCUCCAUAGACAUUAUCAGCCACAACAGGAGCCAGCUCUUCGUUGAUGAACAAUUUACUUUGAGCUGCCAGCUGCCUGACAGAAACACUCAGUGGAAAAUGAUGAGGUUUAACCAAUGGUGGGGGACUACCACUGAGUGUCCUGACCAAGUCUCUUCAGACGGUCAUCUGUCCUGCACAACAACGUCAGAAUAUCCCUGGUCAGACAUUCUGUUCUGGUGUGAAAGUCCAACAGGAGAGAGGAGUAUCGCCCUGAACAUGACCACAAUUGUCGGCCUAAACAUUACCCUGGAGAGUCCAUCACUUCCUGUGUCAGAGGGAGCAGACGUGACGCUGCACUGUCUACAUAGAAACCAAACAACCAAGAAAUUUACCUCCAACUUCAGAGCCGUCUUCUAUAAGAACAAACGCCGGAUCAGGACUCAGACUGAGGGCAGCUUGACUCUGAAAUCUGUGACCAAAGCUGAUGAAGGGAUGUACGGGUGUCGCCACCCAGAGGAGGGACCGUCUUAUUACAGCUGGAUCUCUGUCAAAGCUCAGCCAGACAAAGACCAGAAGAAGAAGAGAGACACUCAUAAGUCUUCAAUCUCCUCUGGUGAUGCUCCACCUUAAGGCCCAGUAAGCUGCUCUCUGAUUGGUCCAUGAAAGCCAUUAUUGUGGAAGGACAAGCUCUGCGUUUGUCAGUAUCAAAUAUGCUACUCAAAUAAAACCUAAAUCUUAAUAUCCACCCAAUAAAUAACAGAAAGUAUGAAUGUAAACAAGAAAAUUGUUGUACAGAAAAUGUCUGUAGGACUGUAGUGAAGUAUGUGAGCCAUCUGUGUCUGGUAGAGUGAAUAAAACAUGGUGGAGGGA